AUGUCGAAAUCUAAGCCAACAAGAGAUGCCGCCCGGAGCGCAGGCCCUUUGAAAUACAAUGUCGGCUGGAGACGAGUAGUUCGGAAUUUUAGUCCUUCCUGGUUUGCAGCGACGAUGGGCACAGGGAUAGUGGCCGUACUGAUGAACUCGGUGCCAUUCCACACACAAGUCCUCUAUUAUCUCUCUAUCGUUUUCUUCCUGCUCAACGUGGUGAUAUUUUCGUUGGCGUUAAUCACCUCCGUCCUCCGAUACACUCUGUAUCCUGAGAUUUGGCGAGUCAUGAUCCAAGACCCGACCAACUCACUCUUCUUGGCCACAGUUCCCAUGGGUUUCGCGACUCUCAUCGAGAUGUGGGUCUUCAUCUGUGUUCCGCGAUGGGGACCCUGGGCCACGUCCGUUGCAUGGGCAUUGUGGAUGGUAGACGUCGUUGCGGCGGCAUCGGUGACCCUUUCCUUAUCAUUCAUCUUAAUCUCUCAGCGGCACAUCACGUCGCUUGACCGCAUUACUGCUCUCCAACUGCUACCCAUUGCGGCAACCAUUGUUGCCGCCGGCGUGGGUGCCAAGAUCGCUUACAUCUUGCCAAAUGAGCAGCAUGCCAUGGGUACUUUGCUCGUGUCUUUCGUUCUUUGGGGCAUGGGCAUCCCUUUAGCAUUGGCGGUGUUGGUGAUCUACUAUCAACGACUAGCAGUUCACAAGCUUCCUCCGCGAGAGGCCAUCGUGAGCUGCUUUCUUCCUCUGGGGCCGCUUGGGUUUGGUGGCUUUGGCAUUAUUUACAUUGGGAAGGUGGCUCGGGAGCUCUUGCAGGGCUCUGACAUCUUAGACCCUAUUGCAGGGUCCAUGGCGUACGUCUUGGGGAUUUUCAUUUCAUUGCUCAUGUGGAGUUUUGGUUUGAUCUGGCUUGUAUUUGCAUUGGCAACGGUGCUAUACAGCUCUCCUUUCCCGUUUAAUAUGGGAUGGUGGGGAUUCACGUUCCCAUUGGGGGUUUAUGCGGCCAACACGAUGGAACUGGGAGUAGAACUGGACUUGAUGUUUUUCAAGAUUUUCGGAACGAUCUUGAGCACUGCAGUAUUGCUGCUAUGGGCCCUUGUUGCUUCCCGGACGGCAGUGGGUGCAUGGCGCGGCAAUUUGUUCUUUGCCCCAUGUCUUCAAAACUUGACUCUGAAAGAGGAAGAUGGAGAGACUGAUGGCGCUCAGCAUCGAGCAUGA